UAAUAAUGACUCGUAUUUAUACAAUUUAUAAAAUAACCUAAAAUACCCGACGGUUUUGUAAAACAUAUUUGGCCAGUAUGCAUAUGAAUUGCGUGUUUGUAUCUUUACUCGUGGUUAAGUGGUUUACAUGGAAUUAAAACAUAUAACACAUAUAAAUAUGAAACAUUAAAUGAGUGAAAUGAGUGAAAAUCGUUAGAACUAUGGAAUAUCAAAGUGGUAUUAGUAUUUAUUAGGACCUUAACAUCUUCGAGAGGACAGGAAUAUUGUGUUGAGAUCGUACUGCCUACAAGAUCAACAUAGCUUUUAUUUUGAUUUCCUGCUAGAGCAAACAACACAAGCAGUGCAGAAUCUUUGACAAAAUGGAUUUAAAAUCAGGUUUAAAUCCAAUACUGUGGAUUUUUAUUUUACCGAACAUUUUCGAAGCACGUGAUGAGGAUCCUGAAGGUAUUGACAUCGGCUAUAGCUGUAAAUACGAUGCAGAAUGCAAGAAAGGAAACGGAGAGAUGUUCUCAAAAUGUAACCAGGCAUUAAAUAUCUGUAUAUGCACAAUAAAUCAUUUAGGAGAAGAUAAAUGUAUGCCCGACAGCGGUAAAUAUGAAGGCUUUUGCAGACCGAGAAGCCUUUAUUCUAAACCAGGAUUUUGUACGCUAGAAUGUUCACCUAAAGGGACAAUGAAGUGGACGAAUCGAGAUUGGUAUGGAAUUAUAUUAGACCCAUUUUCUUCAUAUAUCCACGAUAAAAAGGUAUGCUAUAAAAAUAAUCAUUAAU